GAACGCAAGUUCCGCCUUCCUGCUCGAAUAGCGACUUGUAAACAAACAGACGUAAACGGCAUGGCCACAGAGGUUUAGCCGAUCAGCACAUUAAUUGAAGUGGUAGAGUCCUGUCAACGAUGGCGGGUGUCAUCCGGAGACUCGACGAGACGGUUGUCAACCGGAUAGCCGCGGGAGAGGUUAUACAGCGCCCCGCGAACGCUGUUAAAGAACUGAUUGAAAACUGUCUGGACGCCAAGGCCACUAGUAUCCAGGUGACGGUUAAAGACGGCGGACUGAAGCUGCUGCAGAUUCUGGACAACGGCACCGGUAUUCGGAAAGAAGACAUGGAAAUAGUUUGCGAGCGUUUUACCACAAGCAAGCUGCAAACAUUCGAGGAUCUCUCUGCCAUUGCGACUUAUGGUUUCAGAGGAGAGGCUCUGGCCAGUAUAAGCCACGUUGCUCAUGUAACCAUAACGUCAAAGACAGCUGAUGCCAAAUGCGCCUAUAGAGGCACCUACAGUGAUGGGAAACUAAAAGGCCCUUCGAAACCCUGUGCUGGAAACCAGGGAACACAAAUACUUGCGGAAGAUCUCUUCUACAACGUGUCCACCAGGAGGAAAGCUUUGAAAAGCCCUAGCGACGAGUACUCCAGGAUUGUAGAGGUGGUGAGCAGGUAUGCCAUACACAAUUCCGGGAAAAGCUUCUCUGUCAAGAAGCAAGGAGAGACUUUAGCAGAUGUAAGGACUUUACCCAACGCUUCAGUGGUGGAUAAUAUUCGAGGAGUUUUUGGCAACGCAGUCAGCAGGGAGCUGAUUGAGGUUGGCUGCGAGGACCAGAAGCUGGCCUUCAAACUGAAAGGCUACAUCUCCAACGCAAACUACUCGGUCAAGAAAUGCAUCAUGGUCCUCUUCAUCAACCACCGUCUGGUGGAGUCGAGCGCGCUGAAGAAAGCAGUGGAGACAGUUUAUGCAGCGUACCUGCCCAAGAACACACACCCUUUUCUUUAUCUCAGUUUAGAGAUCUCUCCUCAGAAUGUAGACGUGAAUGUGCACCCCACCAAGCACGAGGUGCAUUUCCUGCAUGAGGACAGUGUCAUCGAAAGCGUUCAGAAGCACAUUGAGAGCAAGCUGCUCGGCUCCAACUCCUCGCGCACGUACUUCACUCAGACAUUGCUGCCAGGGCUGUCUGUGUGCGGAGCAGGUGAGGUCAAGUCCUCCAACACCGCGUCGGAGUCUGCCGAGCGUGUCUACGCGCAUCAGAUGGUGCGGACCGACUGUCGUGUUCAGAAGCUGGACGCCUUCCUCCAACCAAAGGAAAAGCUCCCUCCCCAGCCCGAACCCGUCGGGCAGAGCCACGCGGAUUCUGAGUCCAAAACUGUCGAGCCGAAUGAUUUGGACAUGCUGGAGGCCCUGGACCAGAUGGGGACAGAGCUGUCAAACAGUGAGGAGAGGAGCGAUGAAGCGCAUGAUGUCCAAAGUACCAGGAAGCGUCUCAGGAAAGAGCAGCAUGAGGCAGAGGAGACCCGAGAGGGACGCGAGGAGGAUCUGACGGCCGCAGAAACGCCCAAGAGGCGAGUCAUCAAACUAAACAGCAUCAAAGAGCUGAGAGGCGAAAUUAACGACAACACUCACAAAGGCCUUCAGGAGAUGCUACAGAAUCACUCGUUUGUGGGCUGCGUCAACCCGCAGUGGACUCUGAUCCAGCAUCGCACUAAACUCUACCUGCUCAACACCACAACACUAAGCCAGGAGCUCUUCUACCAAAUCCUCAUCUAUGACUUUGGGAACUUUGGAGUACUCCGACUAUCUACACCGGCUCCCAUUUAUGAGCUGGCCAUGUUGGCUCUGGACUCUGAGGAGAGUGGCUGGACUGAGGAUGAUGGACCCAAGGAAGGCUUGGCACAGUAUAUAGUGGACUUCCUGACGAAGAAAGCAGAGAUGCUGGAGGACUAUUUUUCUAUGGAGGUUGACCAGGUUGAGCUUUAUGUACUUAGUCAAACAGUUUGUGUGAUUUACUUGUCGUGUAACAACAAUUGCGCACUGCAGGAGGGCAAUUUAAGAGGACUACCUUUGUUGCUUGACAAGUACACACCCAUCAUGGAAGGUUUGCCCAUGUUCAUUCUCCGCCUGGCAACAGAGGUAAACUGGGACAAUGAAAAAGAAUGCUUUCGAGACUUCAGCAAAGAGUGCAGUGCGUUCUACUCAAUAAGGAAGCAAUACAUCCUGGAGGCGGAGCCAGGAGAGCAGCAGGAUGCAGAGGUCAACUCAUGGCAAUGGAACGUUGAGCAUGUCCUCUGCAAGGCUUUCCGUUCGCUCAUCAGUCCUCCCAAACACAUCAGUGAGGACGGCACGGUGCUGCAGAUCGCCAACUUACCGGAUCUCUACAAAGUGUUUGAGAGGUGUUAGAUAAACCAGGAAGCCUCAGAACCAUCAACAUCACAUGCUGCUCUAUUUGACCUUGUGUAACUUUUUGUAUAUUGUCAUUAAAUUUGUUCUUUGUA